CUACCACAUCGACCAAUGGACCGCAGGCCCGACCGCCUGCUGCGCUUCGAGCUCCACAACGUGGUCGAGGCCGACGCCGUCGUGGCCUCGUCGUGCUUUGGCGGCGUGCUGCAAAGCGUCGUGUACGCUGAGCUGCGGCUAUUGGGGCGUGGCGGCGCGCUCCAGACGGCGUGCGUCCACCCGAGCGAAACCUGGCAGCACCAAGUCUUUGAGUUUGCGCUCUCGGAAGCCGAGGCCUCGUCUCGUGUCUUGCAUGUGACGCUGUAUGCCAUUGACCUCUUUGGCUUUGCCUCGCGUCUGGGCGAAGCGCACAUUCCGGUCGGCCCGCUCGACGCCGACAAGCACGUGGUCGAGAUACCGCUCGUGCUGCCGCUUCAUGAAAGCGACGGUGACAGUGCGAUUCAAACGUGCAGCGUCCGUGCCUCGGCUGCCGUCUGGACAUGCGACGACCUUGCGAUCGGUGCGACGCUCGAUGUGUGGGAGUACGAGCGGUACGCAGAGGCAUGGUCAAGCCAAAACCUCCUGCCCACCGACGCCCGACCUGCCCUCGACGACACGGCGCUGCCAGCCGUGCCGCCAACGCACGUGGCGUCUCUGGGCUGGUUCCCCGAGGUCCACGCCGGCGACGCCUACGGCUGGUACUACGCGGAUACAUUUGCUGGACCCUGGCACAACUCGAUGAGCGCGAAUUGCUACUGUCGCCGACGCCGGCUUCUCCGUCGAAUUCUUCCUGCCGACGUCCAGGCGCAGAAGAAGGUCCUUGCCGAUAUGCUUCGGCAAGACCACGCAGUGACCGUGCGCGAGCUUUUGGCAGCGCGGGACGCCCAUGCGACGCUCUGUGCGCAGUACCAGCAAGCACAAGACGAGCACGCCGCUGCGAUGGAGCGUCAGAAGCGCGAAGCGGCGGCCGCCCUCGCCACCGCCACCGCCGCGCACCAAGCGACGCUCCAAGUCGUGACCGACGCGCAUGCAGCGACGCAAGCCACUCUGGUGGCGCGCACCGCCGACAGUGAAGCGCUUCGCGCCCGUAUCGCCGAACUCGAGCUCGAAACAAGUCGAUGGCGGUACGCCAACGAGCAGCGCAUCUCGAAGAAACAACUCAAGGUCGACUCGCGCCUCAAGUCGCUCAGCACAGCACCGCGGCUGUUGCGUGUGCAGCUCGUGCGCUGUGCCGACCUCGCGGCCGCCGACUCGGCGCUCAUGGGCGGCAAGAGCGACCCGUACGUGACGUUCUACCUUGGCGACAAGAAAUGCAAGAGCACGCAGUUUUCCAACGAGCUCAACCCGGUGUGGGACCACGAGGUCUUUGAGUUUCAGAUUACCGAGGGCGCCAUGUACACAGAGAUCCUUCAAAUCGUCGUGUCGGACCACGACACCGUCGGCGCCGACGAAGUGAUUGGCACAGCGUCGGUGCCGCUGCAGCCGCUCGAAGACGCCGCUUCCGACAAGAGCAACAACAGUAACAACACCGACGGGCAAGACGCCGCGGACGAGGUCGUGCUGCCUCUGGACGUCCCGCCCGAGUUUGCCUCCCAGCGCGUCCACAGCAGUAUCGUCUUGCGCUUUGAAGUGCUCUUGGAGUCGCCGGUGGCGACGCUGCAAGUAUGGGAAAAUGAACGCUACGCCAGCCGCAAGUGGUCGUCCAACCACUUGCUGCCGUCCGAGCGCCAGACGUGGAGCGUCGGGUCUGCGUCGCAUGCCGAACGCGACGCCGUUGCACCCGCAGUGCCGCCCUCGGCGGUUGGGAGCGCGCUCGGCUGGACCAUUGACCGCACCCAAGGCGAUGUCCACGGCUGGUUUUACGCCAAGUCGUUCGAGGGUCCUUGGGUCAACACGUCCAACUCGUCGAGCGUCGUGCGGCGCCGUGGGUGGAGCAACCUGUGCCAUACCGCAAAUGCGUCGUAAGCGAUCCGAGUGGUGUAAAUUCGCCGAAACUAAGUUCUGAUACAUGCUUUUUAUGAAAGAAAAAGUGCAUUUGAGAGGUAGUAUCAACGUGCAAGUGGCCUCGGC